AUGCCACCCAUGGACACUUACGCCAACCUCAUAACUUCCUUCACCGACCUUCUCCUCGUUAGCAUCCAUACUAUCCUCUAUGAACGUGAAAUAUACCCUUCGACGCUCUUCAUUCCUGCUCGCAAAUACAACCAUCCAGUCCGACAAGCUCGCCACCCACUUGUCUGCCAAUGGAUCCAAGAAGCUGUUGACGCUUGCGCCGAAGAGUUAAUGAAAUGUACGGUGGACCUCAUAGCGGUUAACAUCAUUUCUUCGACAAACAAACCUCUUGAAAGAUUUGUAUUUGAUGUGUCACGGUUCCCAGUCAUCGCUACCACAGAUAUACACUCUCCGUUUGUAGUGACGGACGAGGAUGGGAAUGAAAGGGGAUCAGGCACGCUGGCGGAUUUGGAGGAGCAUAUGAGGGCGGUUAUCACGAAACUUUCGUACUCGACGAGGAAAUUAAGGAAGUUACCGAAAGGUUGCACAUUUUCUGUCUCAGUUGAACUAAAAAACGAGGCUACAGCGCCGGAGGGGAACCCGCCAGUCUGGAUAGCUGCCGAGUACCAGGAGGACGAUACGCCUCUUGGGAGAAGAGGGACUGCUUUAAAGACACGGGAUACUAAUCGGACGAUACCAGUACGCAGCUUGGUCAUGGGUGCUCUGGCACUCGAAACAUGGAUAGAAGAAGCGGAGGGUAACAAGGAUAUGGCAACAGACGAAAACUAA